AUGGCCUGGCUGCGCGAACGGCCCGAGGUCAACGACACGGCCAAGCUCUGGCUCUACGCCCGGCGCGGGGAGGGCAAGAGCACCAGCUACGAGUACGAGCCAGAGCUUUCCGUGACCAGUCGCAUCCGGUGCACGAGGAAUGGACGCAGCCAGUGGAUUUGGAUCACCCGGGACGAUCGCGACAGUGAUGGGAAGAAGGCCACCGUGUCGUUCUUGGGCCGUGACAAGGCCCUGCUCGAAAGCAUCCUGGAAGAAGGAAGAGAGAUCCAACGACAGAAGCGCGAGAAAUUCCUCACAGUGGUUCAGGUCUAUGACUUUGGAAAGGAGCAUGGCUUGAAUUGGCUACACCCUCAGGACAAGGACCGGAAACAGCCGGGCCGCUCGAUUUCCUCGGUGGUCUUGCCCAGACACAACGCGCAGAGCAGCAUGGACCAGGCUGAGGCGAUCCAAUCACUCCCAUCAUUGCCGGUGGUGCUUGGAGGUGUGAGUAUUACUGGUAGAAGAUUGAUGAAGAUGGAGAUCUUAAAGAUCCCCGGUUACAAACUAGAAUGUCUGUGGUGUGGCAUCUCCUUGAUGCCAAAAAAUGGACUGAUGUGUUGGAAUCCCAUCUAG